AUGCUCUCCAAACUCCUUGCCCUUUGUCUACUUGCCGUCAGUGUACGCGCAGGUCCUUGUGACAUCUACAGCUCUGGCGGCACUCCCUGUGUCGCGGCUCACGCCACAACACGGGCGCUAUUCAACUCAUAUAGCGGCUCGCUUUACCAACUCAAACGGGGGUCGGAUGGGGCCACGCUCAACAUUUCCCCCCUCACUGCUGGUGGUGUGGCCAAUGCUGCCGCCCACGACUCGUUUUGUGGCGGGACCACCUGCGUAAUCAGCAUCAUAUACGACCAGACUGGGCGCGGGAACCAUCUUACGCAAGCGCCGCCGGGUAGUGCUGCCCAGGGCCCAGAGGCAAAUGGACUGGAUAGUUUGGCGGCUGGUGGCGGCGCACCAGUACAAGUAAAUGGCCAGAAAGCCUAUGGGGUGUUUAUUCCUCCCGGCACUGGCUAUCGCAAUGAUGCAACAAAUGGAAUUGCCGUAAACGACGAUGCGGAGGGAAUGUACGCUGUGCUCGAUGGAACUCAUUUCAACGGAAACGGCCACAUGGAGGCAAUCUACUUCGGAAAUGGAGGGGGUUCCGGCUCUGGAAGUGGGCCAUGGGUCAUGGCUGACCUCGAAAACGGUCUGUUUUCCGGCCAAAGUGCCUCCUCUAAUCCCGGGGAUCAAUCUAUCAACGCCCGCUUUGUUACUGCCAUCGUCAAGGGUGAACCGCAUGUUUGGGCCAUCAGGGCGGGUAACGCGCAAACUGGAUCUUUAACGACUAUGUGGAGCGGGCCACGGCCUGCUGGAAACUACGACCCGAUGCAUAAGGAGGGUGCGAUUAUAUUGGGCAUCGGAGGAGACAACAGUGAUCGCGCACAAGGAACUUUUUAUGAAGGUGCCAUGACGAGCGGCUAUCCCACCAACGCCACAGAAGACUCUGUCCAAGCGAACAUCGUUGCAGCAGGCUACACCACUACCUCACUCGUCAGUGGUCCCGCUAUCAGUGUCGGCUCGACAGUCUCCCUACGAGCAACGACUGCCUGUUGCUCAAACCGGUACAUCGCCCAUAAUGGGACAACCGUCAAAACCGAGCUCAUCUCCUCCGCCAACACUACUGCCAUCAAACAGACCGCAUCGUGGACAGUUGUUUCCGCCCUCUCCGCGACCGCCGCAGCGAACGGGUGCAUAUCAUUCCAGUCGCGCGAUGUCCCAGGAAGUUACAUCCGCCACUCCAACUACCAGCUCUUCCUUAACGCGAACGACGGGUCCAAGCAAUUCGCAGAGGACGCAACGUGGUGUCCUCAGGCGGGAAUUAAUGGCCAGGGUAACUCGGUGCGCUCGUGGAACUACCCCGCACAUUGGUGGCGGCACUUCAAUGGCUUACUCUAUGCUGCGAGCAAUGGUGGCCCUGAUAGCUUUGAUGCAGCAGCAGUGUUUAAUAACGAUACCACUUGGAUAGUCGGACCGGCUUUUGCAUGA